AUGGGACAUUUGUGCCAGAAGGAGGUGUGGGUUUUAUCCUUCCUCUUUCACUUCCUAUGCCCAGGACUAGCAGGCCAGUACGAGCAGCACCCUUGGACUGGCCUUUUAAAGGUAGAUUUGACCAUUCUCUUAGUUCUCUAUAAUCCCUACAUCUGGGUUGAGGACUGGCUGGGGAGUCUGUUCUGCAGACCCAAGUAUCUUUUCCUACCAGAUAGCAGUAUGGACAUCUCAAGAGGCAAGGUCAAUGUUAGAAAAAUUGUGGAAUUUUCCCUUGGCAUUACUGUGAGUAUGCAAGCUGCAAGAUGUCCUACAGAUGAAUUAUCUUUAACCAACUGUGCAGUUGUGAAUGAAAAGGAUUUCCAGCCUGGCCAGCAUGUGAUUGUGAGGACUUCUCCCAACCACAGGUAUACAUUUACACUGAGGACCCACCCAUCAGUGGUUCCAGGGAGCAUCGCAUUCAGCUUACCUCAGGGCAUCUGGCCCUUUGAGGCUGACAAUGGUGCUGACAAUGGUGCUGACCAUGGUGCUGCCUGUGGCGCUGUCCAUGUAUCCUUAUAUACAUUUGACAAGGCCAAACAGUGUAUUGGCACAAUGACCAUCGAGAUUGAUUUCCUGCAGAAAAAAAGCAUUGACUCCAAUCCUUAUGAUACUGACAAGAUGGCAGCGGAAUUCAUUCAGCAGUUCAACAACCAGGCGUUCUCAGUGGGACAGCAGCUUGUAUUUAGCUUCAAUGAAAAGCUUUUCGGUUUGCUGGUAAAGGAUAUCGAAGCCAUGGAUCCUAGCAUCCUGAAGGGAGAGCCUGCGACAGGAAAAAGACAGAAGAUUGAAGUAGGACUGGUUGUUGGAAACAGUCAAGUUGCAUUUGAAAAAGCAGACAAUUCAUCACUCAAUCUUAUUGGCAAAGCUAAAACUAAGGAAAAUCGCCAGUCUAUCAUCAAUCCUGAUUGGAACUUUGAAAAAAUGGGAAUAGGAGGUCUGGACAAAGAAUUUUCAGAUAUUUUUCGACGAGCAUUUGCUUCCCGAGUAUUUCCUCCAGAGAUUGUGGAGCAGAUGGGUUGCAAACAUGUUAAAGGCAUCCUGUUAUAUGGGCCCCCAGGUUGUGGUAAGACUCUCUUGGCUCGACAGAUUGGCAAGAUGUUGAAUGCAAGGGAGCCCAAAGUGGUCAAUGGGCCAGAAAUCCUUAACAAAUAUGUGGGAGAAUCCGAGGCUAACAUUCGUAAACUCUUUGCUGAUGCUGAAGAAGAGCAAAGAAGGCUUGGUGCUAACAGUGGCUUGCACAUAAUCAUCUUUGAUGAAAUUGAUGCCAUCUGCAAGCAGAGAGGGAGCAUGGCUGGUAGCACAGGAGUUCAUGACACUGUCGUCAACCAGUUGCUGUCCAAAAUUGAUGGGGUAGAGCAGCUGAACAACAUCUUAGUCAUUGGAAUGACCAACAGACCAGAUCUGAUAGAUGAGGCUCUCCUUCGACCUGGAAGACUGGAAGUUAAAAUGGAGAUAGGCUUACCAGAUGAGAAGGGUCGACUACAGAUCCUUCACAUCCACACAGCAAGGAUGAGAGGGCAUCAGUUACUCUCUGCUGAUGUAGACAUUAAAGAACUGGCUGUAGAGACCAAGAAUUUCAGCGGUGCUGAACUGGAGGGUCUGGUGCGGGCGGCACAGUCCACUGCUAUGAACCGACACAUAAAGGCCAGCACUAAAGUAGAGGUGGACAUGGAGAAAGCAGAGAGCCUGCAGGUGACGAGAGGAGACUUUCUUGCUUCUUUGGAGAAUGAUAUCAAACCAGCAUUUGGCACAAACCAAGAGGAUUAUGCAAGUUACAUUAUGAAUGGUAUUAUCAAAUGGGGCGAUCCAGUUACUCGAGUUCUGGAAGAUGGGGAGCUGCUGGUUCAGCAGACUAAAAAUAGUGAUCGUACACCCCUGGUUAGCGUCCUUUUGGAAGGCCCUCCUCAUAGUGGGAAGACUGCUUUAGCUGCAAAGAUUGCAGAGGAAUCCAACUUCCCCUUCAUCAAGAUCUGCUCUCCUGAUAAGAUGAUUGGCUUUUCUGAGACAGCCAAGUGUCAGGCCAUGAAGAAGAUCUUUGAUGAUGCAUACAAAUCCCAGCUUAGUUGUGUGGUUGUAGAUGACAUUGAGAGACUGCUUGAUUAUGUCCCCAUUGGCCCUCGAUUUUCUAAUCUGGUAUUACAGGCUCUUCUCGUGUUACUGAAAAAGGCACCUCCUCAGGGCCGCAAGCUUCUUAUCAUUGGGACCACCAGCCGCAAAGAUGUCCUUCAGGAGAUGGAAAUGUUGAACGCUUUCAGCACCACCAUCCAUGUGCCCAACAUUGCCACCGGAGAGCAGCUGUUGGAAGCUCUGGAGCUUUUGGGCAACUUCAAAGAUAAGGAACGUACCACAAUUUCACAGCAAGUCAAAGGCAAGAAGGUUUGGAUAGGAAUCAAGAAGUUACUAAUGUUGAUCGAGAUGUCGCUACAGAUGGAUCCCGAAUACCGUGUGAGAAAAUUCUUGGCCCUCUUAAGAGAAGAAGGAGCUAGCCCCCUUGACUUUGAAAACGGACUCUUUGCACACACACAGUGA